CAGGCCGUUGCAAGCUUCGUAUUGUCGCUGUGAUGAGUAUAUGAUGUUUUUGAGCUAGCAAUUAUGGGGUCGCUUGAACCACUGCCGAGCGCUCUGAAUUCAGCCCGCCAAGGGCACGGCCUUGAAUUGAAAGACAAGCUCACCGUGCGAUAUGCGGGCGAUGCAAGGCACAAUAACGACGUCGGUGCAAUUCAGGCAAACCACCCCGUCUCGGUGAACUGCACCGUCUUUUACUAUGAGCUGACAGUCCUGGACGGGGGAAUUUCGGGGAAAAUAGCUAUUGGUUUCGCGGACAAGAACUUCAAGCUCACGCGGCAGCCCGGGUGGGAGGUGGGCUCUUAUGGGUACCACGGCGAUGACGGGAAAAAGUUCAUCGGAAGCGGCAUGGGCGAAGACUACGGCCCCACGUUCGGCGGCGGCGACACGGUGGGCGCCGGCAUCCACCUGGGCCGCCAGGAGCUGUUCUUCACCAAGAAUGGUACCAAGCUCAAGGCUGCGCAUCGGCCGGUACGCGGCGGCCUGUACCCCACCAUUGGACUGCACAGUAAGGGCGAGAUGGUCCAGGUGAACUUCGGCGCCAAGCCCUUCGUGUUCGACCUGGAGGGCAUGCUGGCGGAGGAGCGGGCGGCGCAGCGGGCAGCGGUAGAACGGAUCCCUGUGUCGCCCGGCACCAGCCACGCGCUGGUGCGGCAGUACCUGCUGCACUACGGCUACGCCGACACACUGGCGGCCUUUGACGCGGCGGCCGGCAUCACCGCGGCGGCGGACAGCUCUGCUUCUGCAGCGGCGGCGGCUGACAACGCGGCGUCCGGGCUGGCCCUGCGUGCGGAGCUGCGGCGAGCCAUCAUGGGCGGGGACGUGGAUGCGGCGCUGGCGCUACUGCAGGCUCGCUGCCCGGCGCUGCUGGCUGACUCGGGCCGCUUCGGCGACGUGCACUUCCAGCUGGCGUGUCAGAAGUACAUCGAGCUGGUCAGGGGCGGGCAGGUGCAGGAGGCGGUGGUGUUCGCGCAGGGCACACUGGCGCAGCUGCGGGGCGUGUCGGCGGCGGCGCUGGAGGGGCCGCUGCGGGAUGUGGUGGCGCUCAUUGCCUACCAGCAGCCGGAGACGUCGCCGCUGGCGCACCUGCUGGGUCAGGGGCAGCGCGAGGCGGUGUCGGACGCAGUGAACACAGCCGUGCUCUCGGUGAUGACGGCGGCGGCGGCGGCGGCGGCGGCGGACGCCUCGACAGGCGAGGCGGCGCCGGGGGCGCAGGACGCGGGUGCCGCGGGCGCAUCGGGCUCCGCCGCCGUGGCCACCACGUCUGGGGCUGCGGCGGGGAGUGGCGGCGGCGGCGGCAAGGACGCGGGUGGCACGGGUGCGGGGCCGGUGCUGCGGCCGGCGCUGUCGGUGCCUGAGGCGGCGGCGGCGGCGCGGUCGGUCAGCCUCGUGGAGCGGCUGCUGCAGCAGCUGGUGGCGGUGCAGGCGACGCUGCAUGAGGCCAACGGGGGACAGGGCGGCGUCUUCAACCUGCGGGAGCACAUGCUUGCGCCCGGGGCUGUAUGAUUAGCGUUUGUACAAGUACUGACACGUAGUUUGUUCGUUUUCGGGCUGGUUUCGAUGGUGUGGCGUAUCGUGUGGUUCGGCAAGCGGUGCAUGAAGGUCACGGCGGAGCGCGGGCGGAGCGCAGGCGGAGCGCAGGCGGAGCGCGCGCGAGGCUGUGUGCGAGGAGUCGGGCACGCGGGUACAGCGGCUACGGGCAUCGGUUGCUCGGUUAACGGCGCAGGCAGGCUGUUGCAUGCAUGCAGGGCGGCUUCAGGCGGGGGUGGGAGUAGAGUUGGGGGAGUAUGUGGGCACGGCAUGGAUUGAUGGAUCCAUCUCCAGCUCGAGCUGGAAUCCAUUCAUUGGCGAUGGAUGAGUUCGGAUUGACAGGUGUGGAGCGGCCGCAACACGGGCCCCGGUGUUUGAACCAGUGAGUCAUGCAAACCAGGAAGGAUUUAGAAGAUUGCUGGAUCGUACAUUGCAUCAGAUUGGUGUAAACUCUGUAAAGG